AUGCAUAACAAAUUUAAGUAUAAGUGGUUGCGAAAAUACAGCUUUCGACUCUGAUCAACUUGAUCCUGGCGAUCCAAGAUAUUUUAUGCUAUAUGACAACAAAUGUUGGUGACAGUUGAUCUACCAUUUAUAAAACCAUGUUGAUAUUCAGGUAUACGAGGUCUUUAAAUUAGGUAAUGAGAUGUUUCAAUCUUUUCGACUAUCCAGGUGAUUUUUCAACUUCGAGCGGAGAAAAAAGUCACAAGGACUCAAGUCAGGCGAAUGAGGAUAGACUUCUCCAGCCGCAGGGAUGUUUUUACUGGCCAAAAAGUCGCUUAUCAUGACACCAAGUUGUUCUUGAUCUGAUGAACGGUUAUGUAAGUCAAAUUUAACUCAUCCCCGAUCAUUCCGUGUCUUAUCUACUACAAUUUUUAAUUUAAAAAUUCUUAGGAAUGGUGUUCAAUUUCAUGUUUUGAACAGAGAUUUUACAUAUUCGUUUUUAUUGGCACGAGAGUGAGGAAGCUCGGUAGGCUCAACAAUAACUAUGAAUAUCAAAUUAGUUAACUCACCGCCAAAUCUUUUAUUGGAUAAAUAUAGUCGCAAUAAUAUAAAAGCAGUAUUUUCCAUAUUAUGCUCAACUGGGUAUUCCUUUUAGUCAAGAAUCUGCUCAAAUCACACCAACUAUGAGGGUGUCGCAUCUGUAUAAUCUGUGGUUAAGCAGAAAAGUCCGGUUCAUAUUCUCCCUGGUAUUGUGAAAAGCUGAGUAAAAUUUAAGUAAGCAGUCCUACUAUUUCCAGUAUCAGGUAAUCUGCCAUUGCUGCUGUUUGAUGAACACAGUUUUCGUAAUUUUCGCCUUCUAGAAUCACGCUAUACCGGUCUGACCUGCUAUAGGCGACACCCACUACUUGGCAAUGGUAGACAAAUGAGCUAGAAAAACCUGCACAGUUUUGGUAACAAAUCAUGCAAUGUAAAGAUAUAGGGCUCGCGAUAAUUCAUUUUACGAGUUCUAAAGGCGGGUUUACAAGCUACGUCUUAUUGUACGUUUUGUCGGGCAUAUAA